AUGCACGUGUGUCGUUCUUUGAGGUGGCGCCUGGAUCGCGAGGUGCAAGACUUCGAGGGCAUCCUCGAGGCUCUACUUUGGGCCGCUUGCGACGUCGCCUCAGCGAGAUGGCGGCGGCAGGUGUUCAGCCCAGGAAAUGCAGAUCCUCCGCAAGGUCACUCGCUCGUGCCCUCCUUGAACCAGCUGCUGAGCCCGAACCUCCAAGUUCUGCGAGAGUGGUUGGACGCCAGCCUCUUCGAGUUGCUCCUCUCCAAUGUCUUCCUGGUUUGCAUGGGGGCUUACGUGGUGAAGCUCUCCUGCGGCUCUUGGCUACAGGCCAUACGUACCCGAGAUGAGCAAAUCCACGCCUUGUCCGAGGAAGCCGUGGCCUUGUGCAGCUACUUCGCGGGCUUGUCGCAGAAACCUCGUGGUGCCUCAGAAGAUGUCGGCUUGUGGGAACCUGGACGAGUGUUGAACGUUCUGCACACGGUGCUGCUUUCACCCGCAAGCAAUGCCAGGUCUGUGCGCCGGCGGGAGGGUGGCCAGGGCAGUCCGGCUCAGCCCCGACAACCCGCGCAACGGCGAGCGCCACUCCCAGCAGACUGGAAGAGUCCACUGGGCUUCGAAGAUGGUCUUAGCAAGCUUGUAUCGGUGCUUUCUGACAGCCCAUUGCCGUUAGAAGAUGUGCUGACGUGGUUUACCGACGUUGGCCCGCCUGGUGCAAAGCCGUUCGAGGAGCUGCCGCAGUCGGUACCGGCAGGGGCGCUCUACCAAGCAGCCGAGGAAGCCAGGCUUCGGAGUCGCUCUUCCUCGAUGCUGAGCUACAACGGCUCUCGGGUUGGUGACUCGCGUCGGAUAUCUGUGCUCAGGGCUUAG